AUGCCUAGGGUUCAUGCAGAGUCUCUGUUUGCCUUGGCGCCGGGAUUCUUCGAUGGCGCUCGGAUCUACGCCUUCAGCGUGGAUUGUGACGCGGAUGGAAGUGGCCAAGGCGCAUUGCGGCCGGAUGGAGCUGAGGAGCGCGCUGUGGAACUGGGCGAGGCUGCCGCCGGGGAUGAGGAUCUGGAGGAUUCAAGGCUGAGCAAGUGGACGUGUGGAGCCUGUGGUAUGAAGUUUCAGAACGGGGAGGAUCAAAGGGGCCAUUUCAAAUCCGAUUUCCAUCGCUUGAAUGUGAAGCGAAAGAUUGCUGGGAAGGCUUGUUUCACUGAAGAGGAGUUUGAGAGAUUCGCUGGCGGAGACAUUGCGGGUGACACUGAUGUUUCCAGCGUAUCCGGCUCGGAGAGCGAUGUGGAAGACGAAGAGAAACACAGCAGUAAGAAUGUGGCUGGCAAAGUAAUCAUUCCUUUGCUGCUUGGCUCUGGCUCGAUCGUCGAGGUCUGGAGCUGCCUGGUUUUGAAUAGCGGCGAGAAACUGGAGAAGCAGAAAGACGAUCAACAAGAAGCUGGAGUGGUCACGGAAACGGUGUUCCUCUCACGAUUAAAAUCUCUUGUUUCUUCGCCCAAGCUCGUUUGGGUCGUACUGCUCGCAGUCGGGGGUCACUUUGCUGGCGUGGUGGUGGACAUAAAGACUGGCGUGGUUCAAGCACAUCAGACUUAUCACAGAUACGUGGUGCGGGCAAAGGCUGGUGGCAAACAGGCUAAUCGAGAUGCUACUGGUAGAGCUCCCAAAUCCGCUGGGGCUUCUCUCAGGCGCUACAACGAAAUGGCUUUGCAGAAGGAAAUCAAAACAUUGCUCGAGUCCUGGAGAGACUACUUGCAAGAAGCUAGCUGCAUUUUCGUGUUCGCUCCAUCACGGAAUAGCCAGUCGAUCGUUGGAGACAAACCUCUACUAAGCCGGGAGGACAGUCGACUUCGAUCCAUUCCAUUUCCAACCAGGAGGCCAACGUACAAAGAAGCGAGACGAGUAUAUGGACGCCUCUCCUCUUUACAGUACAAGGAGAAGGAAGAAGUUUUAAGUGUUCCCGACGAAGCACCGCCACCUUCUACUGAGAAAAGCGAGAAAAAAGUCACGGUUCAACACGAAAGGAGCAACACAGACUUGGAUGCGGCUGCCGAGGAAAACGCCGCCGCUCAGGUGCCGCCGCCGCCAUUGCACGAGGCUGUAGUGGCUGGAAACGCGGCUCUAGUGAUGGAUCUCCUGGAGAGCGGCGCGGAUCCUUGUGUUAAGCAUCGGGGACGAACAGCUUAUGCGGCUGCAAGCCACAAGGAAACCAGGAACGCGUUUCGAAAGUUCAUGGCCUCUCACUUGGACAUGUGGGAUUGGAAUGCUGCCAACGUGCCAAGUCCAUUGACAGACGAGAUGGAAGCAGCCCAAGCUGCGAAACAGGCUGAGAAGACUGCGAAACGCAGGGCUAAGGAAAAGGAACGCAAACUUGAAAGAAAAGCACAACAAAAAGCAGCCGCGGCAGCAGAGGUCUCGAAGAAACCAGGGACGAGUGCCCCUAAGGAAGUUCCAACACAAGAGGCGAUGAAUGCGACGCAAAGAGAGUUGCGAGCUGCUGCUGCCGAAUCGAGGAUGAAGGCUUCGAUGACAAGCGCCGGAUCGUCGGAGUUGUGCUCGUGCUGUGCGAGCUCUCUCGCAAACAAGGUACCAUUCUACAAGUUUGAGUUUAAGUACUGCAGUGUUGCUUGCGUCAAUGCUCACCGCCGAAUCCUCGAAGAUGAAUGAAUUAAAAAAAGCUCUCGAGCUUUAAACUUUCCCGCCAA